AUGGAUUUUCUCAACUUUUACUUACCCCAGCCGCUUGCUUUGCAGGUCUCGCUACAUCCUGUCCCAACGGGAACGGAAGACGACGUGAGGACCUGGCGUUUCACUCCCAAUGGCGAAUUCACCCUGCGUACGGCCUACGACCUGACGGAUACCACGGCGGACCAGAACAUGAACCAACCCAUCUGGAAAUCGGUUUGGCGGACGCCGACGCUGCAAAGAAUCCGAGCUUUCCUUUGGCUCUUGAACCACAACCGGCUGCUGACUAAUGCGGAGAGAGGAAGGAGGCACCUCACGACGAACACCGACUGUAAAAUCUGUGGAGAUGGCCCGGAAACGACGCUACAUGUCCUCCGGGAUUGUCCAUACGCGAGGGCGACCUGGGCGGAUCUACUGGGAGAGGAGCCUGACUCAAGAUUUUUCGAGCAAGAUAUACACAGGUGGUCCUUGUACUACAUAUCUGAUAAGAGCGAUACCAUUGAUAGCACUCUUUUUGCAGGGACUUGUUGGCUACUGUGGAAAAACCGGAAUGGUUACGUGUUCCGAGGGGAGCUGAAAACUCAUGCACAAAUCCAGUUCCAUGCAAAACAGCUCCGAGACCAAACCAUCCAAGCACUGGAGAAGGAGAAUGCGAUUUUCGGAGGAGGGGGACUCCGGGAACAGCGCCAAAUUGGCUGGCAACCACCGGCGCAGGACUGGGUCUGUGUCAAUACAGAUGGCUCAGUCACCAUUUCUCCAGAGAGCACGAGCUGCGGCGGCAUCAUACGGGGGAGUGAUGGCCGCUUUCUCAAGGCAUUCACUGCGAACCUUGGAGGGGGUUCGAUCACUCGUGCGGAGCUGGCUGGUAUUGUGUAUGGGUUGGAUCUCGCCUGGGAACAGGGAGCCAGGAAGGUAGAGUUGGGCGAGGAAGAAGAAUACGGAGCAGAGGAGGGACGCCGGAGCAAGAAGCAGCGCCGGAAUCCGGAAGCGGAAGGCGGAGGAGUUUCCGCCGGGAUAGGAGAGAGAAGCAAGGGGAGGAGGUUUCUGAAGCUCGACGGUGGUUAGGGUUACCGAUUGUCGAUUUGUUGGAGAAGAAACGAUGACGGAUGUGAUAUUGCACAUAUACGAUGUGACCAACAGUGGAUCGGAGAAGACGAACACCACAAUCAUGCAGAUCAAUAAGAUCUUCAAGGACGGUAUUGGCAUCGGCGGCAUCUUUCACAGCGCUGUUCAGGUAUAUGGAGAAGAUGAAUGGUCGUUUGGCUUUUGUGAACAAGGCACGGGAGUUUUUAGUUGCCCUUCGGGAAAGAACCCAAUGUAUACUUACCGUGAAAGCGUUAUACUUGGAAGAACCAAUUUCUCAAUCUAUAAAGUGAAUCAGAUCCUUCGUGAACUUAGUAGAGAGUGGCCUGGAAGCUCUUAUGAUUUGUUGGCCAAGAACUGUAAUCACUUCUGUGAUGAGUUCUGUGAGAAGUUAGGAGUUCCAAAGCUUCCAGGUUGGGUGAACCGAUUUGCCAAUGCUGGGGAUGCUGCUGUUGAAAUAGCUGGAACCACAGCCUUACGAUUCAGACAAGCUAAAACAGAGAUUGUAUCAGCUAGCAAGGUAGCUUAUCGUUUCCUUCUAGGCGUGGGAUCCAACAAUGGUUCUACUCCUGAAUCCCCUGGAAACUCGAAUGGAGGAUCUCCUAGGGUUCAAGCAACUUGGUUCAAGAACCUCGUCACCACCGGGGCAAAACCGUCAACCAGUACUGAAGCUGACAAUCAGGUGGAUCUGGUCUCUCCGCAACAGCUCACACCAGUUCCACCACUGACUCGACAGCAGAAGUCGCGACAAGAAGAUGCAGUAGUAACACCAAUGCAGAAUGGACAUCGAGAUGAGUCUGAUAGGCUGCUGAGACACAACUCGAGGCACGACGAGAUCUGAUGUGUCUCUCUCUUUGAGUCAGAAGCAUGCGUUUGUUGUCCCAUAGAGGAUUUCACGCCCUACAGUUUGAAUGGAAAGCCGUUCAUCAUCUACCUCUGUAAAAUGUUUCAUUUGCUUUCUGACACAAAGUUUCGUUUGAGGUGCCUGUAAAACAGAAUGUUGGAGAACGUACCAUGAUAUUUGUUGAUGUGAUCUGUUUAGUGCUUCUCUCUCUCUUGCAAAAUUUUUGCCUGGCUUGCUUUCUGAUUGCUCACAGAGCCUCGCAUUGAGUUCUUGAUACAUGGUAGUGAGCACGCGAACAUUUAGCGAGUUCUUGAUACAUGGUAGUGAGCACGCGAACGUUUAGCU